AUGAGUCGUAUAACCCUACUCGAUAUGUUCAUGGCGGUGACGAACGCCCGAAGGGAGGCCCAAGCAGUUGAUUCCCGACAGGAGCAAGCUUCUGGCUCCGCGGCGAAUGACGAUGCUCAAACACCACGAGCUGGUCCUUCUCGAGCCAAAGCGCCAAUUUCCACCCUUGAACAGUGGAAUUACUCCUCUUCUUCAGAGGACAGAAAGCCACGAAAGAAGAAGAUUCAUUUCUUGUCCCAUGAAGCGAAACAAUCCACUACCAGCGACUUGUGGGCUAGAGCUUUUUCACGUCCAACUGCUCACCCCGGAGGAGCCCGCCACCCAAGGGUCUAUACUUUGAUUGGCCAACGCCACCAGACGGUACCUUUGGUACAACGACGUACCCCUUCCAGCCCGGCUGAUCCUUCUCCAGAGGAAGUAGACCAGACCGACGCUCGGCCACCCCAGUGCCCUCCCCCAUCAACUCCGGGUAGCCAAGUUGGACCGGCACGACAAAAAAGGCGAACUAGCCGAACAGCUCCUUACGCCGACAACCGACGCGGCGGAGCCGGAAGAUCGGCAGCAGGGGAAAAUUAA